AAGUCCUUCUAUCCAUCAUUAUUAUUAUUAUUAUUCUAUUAAUUCCCUGUUUGUCAACAAUAAUUCAGUUCCCACAGUUUCGAAGUUUGAAACAUCUUAAUCAAAUUUGCCGUGCCCGUUGGAUAUUUUCAAAGCAAGAUUUUCCUUCAUUUAUUUAAACGCAAAGCUUGAGGGGUUGGUUGGUAUCUGGUUGUGCUCGAUCGGAUUUUCUUUUUGAGAGUUUACAAUGGCUGCUGCUACUGCUGCUGGGCUUAUUGGUGGUAAUGGGUCUUCUUCUUCUUCUUGGUUUAAGCUCAAGGAUAGGCAAAGGAAGAAGAAGAUGGUGAAUAGGGUUAUGCUUUGUUCUGCUUCUUCUUCGGUGAUGGAUCCGUACCAGACUUUGAGGAUCCAACCCAAUGCCUCUGAAUCUGAUGUCAAGAAGGCUUUCAGAAAGCUUGCUUUGCAGUAUCAUCCGGACGUAUGCAGAGGAAGCAAUUGUGGGGUGCAGUUUCACCAAAUCAAUGAGGCUUACGAUAUUGCGAUGAGUAAUUUGAGAGGGGAGUCUCAGGGGAUAGCAUCGAACAUGUAUGAGUCGUACGAUGAAGAUAUUGAUGAUGACGCGAUGAGAGGAAUGAACGAUCCUGAUUGGGACAUGUGGGAAGAGUGGAUGGGAUGGGAAGGGGCAGGAAUUCGCGACUACACGUCUCAUAUUAAUCCCUAUAUUUGAGAGUGGAAUUUGAUUGUGUAUAGCCAAAUCUUCAUCCUCUCUGUACAUAGCUUGGAUAAUGCCUCGGCAUCUACCAAUGAAAAGUACAAAUUAAAUGCUCUUUAAAAUGUUUUCCCGUAUUUUCAGUUAAUUGUUACAAAUAGUAGCAAUAUUCAAUCACAUUUACUUAAUUAUUCCGUUUUUUUCUUCUUCUUAAUAAUGAAAGGUAACUGCUUGUAAUUAA